AUGGAUCAAAUUUCGGGCGCACCACCAUUGCUGAAAUGGUCGGACUCAAAGAAGUACACACAAUUACCGUACAAACCAAGCGCGACACCAGAAUUGAUUCCGAAGCGAUUUAAAAUGCCAGACGUGUCAAAAUAUAAUGGGACUUCAGAUACUGAGGAGCACAUCACCGCCUAUCUCUGCCCUGAUGUUAUGAGAGGACCUUUUAGCAUUGAAGAAGAAGAAAGAGAAACAGUAAUCAAAACUUAUCAGGAACUUGGGAAUAGAUGGUCAACCAUUGCAGCAAGAUUGCCAGGAAGAACAGACAACGAAGUUAAAAACUUCUUCCACACACACUUAAAGAAGCAUUUGGGACUGAAAUAUGAUGCCCCGUUGAAGAGUACGAGUAGGGCAAGAGACAAUAAAAGGGUACUGAAGAAAACCAAAGGAAAUGAGAGGACAAACGCCGACAAACGAUCACCUGGUCAUGUUUCUUCAUCAGACAGCAGCAAUAGUAUUACAUUUGAAGCAAAUCAAAUGAUGGAUGCUACUAUGAGUUUAUAUCAAACAGACGGAGCUUGCUACAACGUUGUCGAUCAACCAAAUAUUGAGAUGGAAAUUAGCCCGGUUAUAUUGGAGAGCAACCCAGAAACAACAUCUGGAAUAAAUCUUGGUAUUGCCACGUGUCAACUUUGUCAGUUUGAGUACCCUCACCCGUGUACAAUUUCUGAUACUGCAACUGUUGAUUUCUUCGAUCAGUUUGAUCAUCAGAUCAUCUGGCAACAAUUCCUUGAGCUUGUUGGUGUUUCAGAUUCCAUCUUGGAUGAAUUCUUUGACAGUAGUUUUGUGGCUGCUAUGACCAAGUAUAUGUGA